UGUAACAGAGACAGAGUGCAGCUCUCAGUCAUUCAUCUCUCAGAGAGAAGAGAGGAAGCAGGAGAACGAUUCUAGAAACAGAAAAAGAUUUUUAACAUUUAAAUAAAAGUUCCUCAUCUGAUCUGAUUCUCUUACUCGAGCUGCUGAAGUUCUUACCUUCUUAAUAUUCACUCCUUCUUACGUCUUAAACCGAAGAGCUGCUGCAAACGUUCCUCUUAUGGGAAAUAUUUUUAAGGAUUCCUGAAUCGGAAGCGUCUGAAGGACUGGUCAGCUCUUUUUGGGAGGUGAAGGAGGAGGCGACCCAAAGAGGAAUCACCAGGACCGGGUCUCUCCUGCAGAGGAAGAGGAGGAGAGUGUGCCAUAUUCAGAGAGCGCAUCCUCUUCUUCAUCAUCACAAACGUAUACUCAGAAACUAAAAGAGGGACGUCAAGAAAUAUAGUUCACUGAAGGUGUUCUCUUAGAAAUAGCCUCCAAGAGUCCAGAGAUAGGGAGGAACCCACAGCAGAACCCGUCUGGAGCACACCAGAACAUCUCUGCAGAAUGGAUCUCAAACCAAACAGAGAAAUGUCCGAUGUGCCGUGAGCUCUGACCGAACCUCACCCCGGACCCGGCCUCGGGCCCUGGUAGCAAUCAGCUGGAUCACCAGGAUGGAACCGACUCGUUCCUUUAGAAAUGAGAUGGACUCUGUGCUUUCCCUGGAACAGAUCCGGGCCAUCCGGGCCAACAAUGACUAUGUGGACAGACCCGUGGCCUUGGAACCAGCAUCCCAGUCUGGAUUCUAUUAUGCCCAUGAGGACCGGUUCCCACAGGGAGUGUACCCCCAUUACCCCCAGCCUUCCUUCUCCUCUGCCCUAUCCCGCAGCCAGAGUCAGAAUCAGCAUGCUCAUUUUCCCCACCUGAGCCGCUCCAGCACCGUGAGCUCCUCCAUUUCUCGGACCAGUGCCACCUCCGACCAGCGGCUCCUGGCUGGUUUGACUCCAUCCCACUCGGGCUUGAGUUCUGUGGUCCAUUCUCAGCCUAAAGGGGAGCUGAAGCUCGAUUCUUCCUUUGGUAAAGUUCUGACUGACGACGAGUCUGAGCUCGGUCGCCAUCAGUUUAUCUGUGAGCGAUGUGGUCGCUGUAAAUGCAGGGAGUGCUGCAGCCCCCGCCGGCUCCCAUCCUGCUGGACCUGUGGACAGCGCUGCCUGUGCUCCGCCGAGUCUGCCGUGGAGUACGGGACCUGCCUGUGCUGCGUGAAAGGCCUGUUCUAUCACUGCUCUGCGCAGGAUGACGAGGAUGACUGCGCCGACCGACCGUGCUCCUGCGGUCCGGCUCACGCCUGCGCCCGCUGGACCACCAUGGCCCUGCUGGCGCUCUGCCUGCCCUGCCUCUGCUGCUACCUGCCUGCUAGGCUGUGCCUUGCCUUGUGCCAGUGCGCAAACGACCGGAUGAACCGGCCCGGCUGCAGGUGCAGCAACACCAAUACUGUGUGUCGCAAGAGCUCCGCCUCCAGCCUAAACGCCGGCCAUCCCUCACUGCAAAGCAAAGCUCUAGAGAAGCCCUUAUGACAGGCUUCGUGUGAUAUCACCACUCAACUUCCUCCCUACAAAAACCCAAACCAUGGCUUUCCUCCAGAGGGACCAAAGCUUUACUGUGCCUGUUCCCGUUGGAGCCAUUAAUGCCCGAAGACCAAACACUCGCCCUUUAACCUUCCACUUCCUGACAGAAAAACCUCCCCUCUCUGUGGUGUUAUCUGAGUCAGAUCAAACAUAUUUAUUGUUGAACCUCCUUCCUUCCCACCCUCUGCAAAGAGCUGGCUCGGAGAGGGACCGAACGAGGGCGGGGAGACACCCACGGCGAUGGUUUCUGUUCUUUUGAAAAGCCAGGAACCAAAAGCGAAAAUGGUGACUCUUGAGUCGGAUGCUUUACCAGGAAUCAUCAAAGCUUAAAGAGUGAAACUGUGAACAGAGUCUGAAACCAAAAGGAACAGAAACCUGAAUUUAAAUGCUGUUGAGCUCAUUUGUAAAGAAAAAGCACUGUGAGGUAAAAAGGGACGAUGUUUCCCUUCACGCCCAGAGUCGAGCGGGGGAUUAUUUAACCAGAGAGAGGAUGCAUCCAUUGUGUGUGUGUGUCCCAGCCCUACGGUAGCCUGUGUGUUUGUUGUUUUGUCAGAAGAAGCCUCCCUUGUGUUAUUUUUAGCAGCGCUGCUUUAGUGAAGCUCCUGGGGUCUGGUCAGGUUUCCUCUGGAAGUCUGCCUGUCGCCAGCCUCACCCCUCCGACCGACCUGCUCCUCCACCUCCUCUCAUUCGGGACAGGCUGCACCUUGUUGCUCUUUGCGUUAGUUCCUUCCUCACCGACAAAAACACUCAAACUUUACCAGAAAAAGCUUUCUUUGACAAGCUUUCUUACAUCGUAGUACCACAUCUUAAUUAUUUUGGGAAUGUUUGAUUCAAAAACACAACAAAACGAAAGAAUGAACACACGACUAAUGAUAAUACCGUCAGCGUCGUUCCUGUUGACGUUCUGCGUCGACCGUGUAGGAAAAAAUCUGCUCAAACCGAAACCACAUUUAUUUUAAAGUAAAUUUAAAGUUCUAACUCCUAAUGGAGAAUUUCAGUUGCUGUUGAAACUGAGCAAAAAUCUUUUUCAGUUUAAUAUUUUAGUUUUCAUUUCCACUUGUUCAUUUUUUGUAGUAUAUGUUUUAAAGAGCGGUCAUAGCUCUGUGCUCUGGUUCAGGUUAUCAAUCAUACAGAAAAAUCACAGUAAAUUAAAGAGCAAGUCACCCCCUACUGGAGUCUAACUCCACUCCCUCUUCCUGUUUGAAAAAUGCUCCACAAGGAGGCGUUGCCUAGCAGAUCGAGAGGGCGGAGCCAAUAACAAAUACACACACAGGCUCACAGCAACAGAGCCGGAU